AUGCGUUACAACGGAUGCUUCAGUAGUCCGCACACGAAUUUUGCCGCUAUUAUUUAUAGUGCUCUCUAUAUAAAUUCGGUUUCUUUUUUAGCUGGAUGCGUCUUCAGGAAGUCCUGGCAUGGCAGAUGGUUCCAGAGUGGCGUCCAAGGACUGAUUUUAAUCAACAGCACGCACAUCGAGUCCAAAGGGCAAUGCUAUGAAGAAGAAGGAGAUAAAUAUUUAGUAUUCGAGUCUGACGAUUGCUACAGAUGUCUGGUGUUGCACGAGAAACAUCCCAGCGUUCUGCAGUACAAAGAAAGUUUUUGCGAGCCCAAAAGCACCUUGACGGACAUUUGCUCACGAAUAGUCGGAGACGCUCAGCUGUAUAGCAUGUUCCGCAAAUAUCCCGAAGUGGAACCGAUUGGAUGCCCUUUUAAGAGCGCCCCGUUUACUUUUGAGUAUAACAGGGGUACAGGAGACUGUAGCAACCCUCCUAGUAGAGCUGAGAGCUGCACUGAUGACUCCCGAUUAGUGCUGAAGUACCAAGCAUGCCCAGAUGUCCCUAGUACCGAGAGCAAUGUUGAAGAAUUAGUUUGCCUAGCAGCCUGGAAGGAAGGUUCCACAAAAUACCUUAUAGGCAAAAUCUCCCAGGGUAACCGUAGAAACCUGAUAUCAGACGAGGAUCAGUACAGAUGUUUCAUUUACCAAAAAGGGAUGGAAAACAAUAAAAUCGUCUACUCGAUAGCGCAGUCCGGAGAUGCAACAUGUUCUGGCUUACAAAGUCCCACCGAGGGAAGUCGCACCAUGAAGUUCACCAUCGUGGACGAUCAACAUAAGCGCUGCAGGUUUCCGGAAUGGAUCACCAUGCACCACACCUGGGUGAGCCUGGACCAUCAUAAAACCUUUAAGUUUUCCCAAAAGAAUGCCACGCUAAAAAUCGUCGACGACGAGAACACCAAGCCGAUAAAGAUCCAUCAGAGCUACGCGCAGCCGCCCCAAUAUGCCGCCUUCCAAGACACCGGGUUCGAAAUACAGGAUCAGAAGAAACAGAACUCGGAAAUGAGGCUGGUGUGCCACGGGAUCCUGCAGCAGCAGGAUAAUAAACAGGUGCAGAUUGUCGCCCAUGUCACAGCAGGAUGUGACAGCGGGUAUGUCUGUAUGGUGUUUUAUAAGAGGGAGCAGAACAUUAUUGAAAUACAGCAAUCUGACAACUAUUUUGAAAAUCCGGACGAGGCUUGUGCCAACUUUGACCCGACUAUCACUCCGUAUACCACCCUAGUUGCUCCUGCCCUACACCCCAAAAAGUGUCCACAUUUAGGAAGAUAUAGCAUUGCCUUACCACCUGCCUUAGAAAAGAGGAAGAGAAGAGAACAACCAGGUGACCUUACAAUGAACAACGCAGAACCCGCCUGUAUAUCAGACGAAUACGAAGGACUAUCAGUAGGUUGCACCUCAUUAUUCGAAAUGGAAUUUAAGCCCAAUUGCCAAGAUCAAGCCAUGAAAACAUACAACUGUCACGGCAGCUGGCAAGAAGAUGGGAUAUCGUACGUAAUAGCUACCCCUACAGUUAACACAAACAUAAGAAAAUCUCAUCCCGAUAAUUCGUUGAGGUACUGCUUCAUGUUUCAACUAUCCAAUCAACCGCAGGAAGCUGUUAUUGAAGGCGGUCUGGGCAAGAGUGCUGGCCCACCCAUUAUGAAAAUGUCCAGGAUUUCUGAGAGCUGCCACAGGAAUAUUAAACCGGGAUUCGGUGGUAGUUGGGCCUUGAAUUUCACCAUUGACGGUACUUGCGAUCACUCAGCCUCAGAUUCAAAUGCGGUACUGAUCCCCGCCAUUUUAUUGGUCGUCCUGUCCUUGUCGAUCACGGUAGUUUUAAGAUGAUGAAAGACGGCCAUUUUGCACACUCUUAGCAACUAUUAAAUCGGCUUGCUAAGGGUACUGGCGGCGUUUAUAACGGUCUUUUAUGUUUCCUUUGUUGUGUUUGGUUCUUUUUAGUUAUGGCAGUAUUCCAUAAUAAUAUUAUAGUCAAUUUAAUUUGUUUAAGUCGAAAAAACAAGCAUACAAAAGAUGAUAUUUGUGAUUCAGAGUUGUUGGCUUUUAAUAUUAAACGUGUAACUAUUUAUUUGUAUACAAGGGGUUUGAUAUAGUUUCAUAUAAGUAUAUGAAACUCUUUGUUAGGUUAAGCAAUGUAUAUUUUAAGAAAUUAUCGAGCAAAGCGGGUGAGCUAUUUUAAGAACACCGGUAGCUAUUUUAGAUAGGGAUAUAAUUGCUGAUGAUUAGUUCACCUAGUAUACAGGGUGUGCCAAAAAUUAAGGGUUUUUUUUUGGCACAUUUUGACUGAACCAAACUGUAAAGAGAUGUUUAUUUGAUUUGGCAAUUGCGGCCCUGCAAGGUAGUACUUUAGAAGCAUAGUAACUAUUUAAGCUUGAAUGUUAAAUGGGUGUUUAAUUAUUGGGUGUACAGGGUUGUUAAAAAAAUAAAUUCAAUCUGCAAAAGUUACAGAAUCACAUCACUUUUCAAUAUUGGCUUCAUUAGAAAACAAGACAAAGGUAAAGAAGUUUGGACUAUCUGCAAAACUUAAAAAGACAUUUAUAAACAACUAAUAUAAAGAUAGUAUUCGUAUAGGGAAUAUAUCUGAUUUGAGAGCUCAUGGUCUGCAUCAAUCUGCAUAGGGAUAAUUAAACCCUCAACAAUUUGAAAAUUCAUUUAUUUUAUUAAUCUGACCCCUGAAAUACCAGCAUAUAGGAAAAAUUAAUCAGAUAUGUUAACCGAUUGCGAUGUGAUCCACUAACGUUCUUGGAAUGGGACAAGUACAAGUUUCUGAUAUAAAAUUUGCCUAAAAUAUCAGGAUCUACGAAAUUUUUUAAAUUUGAAAAAAACUACACGUAAAGUUUGCUUCUCCUAAUGGGAGUAUUUAAAAGCUCAAUUCCCUCAUGAAUCUACAUAAUAAAGCGAUAAAGGUACGAAUGUCUAUCAUUAAAAUAAUUACGAAAUUUUAUGGAUAAAUUAAGCGCCCCAGAUUUCACCAUAUUUUAUUAACAUUAACUGAGUUCGGAUUGGGCUAUAAAUAGAUACAUUUUAUUUAAUUAAUUAAGUAAUCCAUUUGCAUAUUGUUCAUACAAUAUUUAAAUGAGAGCGAGAAAAUCAGCUCGGUUUAUUCUCUUUCAUUUGCCGAGGAUGGACGUCGAUCUUUUUCUUUUUUAAUGUCCUUAGUAGCCUGAUAUAAAAGGCGAGUGUUAUUGGGAAUUUACUUGAAUUAAUAUGAUGUCAUGAACAAAUUCAAAUAGGGAAUGUAUAUUAUUUGAAAGCUCAUGUCCCUCAUCAAUCUGCAUAGCAAUGUGUAAAUCCUCCAAAAUUAUAAAAUUCAUUUAUUUUAUUAACACGUUGAGUACUAACAAUGCUUUAACCAGUUCUAUAUUGCGGUACCGCAGCUGAUAACUUGACAAAGGAUUGACAUAUUAGCAUGAAACUAGGAAUUAAUAAUGUGACCUUGAGCCACUUUAGUGGCCACUGGUCUAUUUUGAAAAAAUGUAAGUCUGAGGUACCAAUGGCCACUAUAUUGGCCAUAAAUAAACUUAGACUUUUUAUAUAUUUAAUAACACAAAAAUAUAUUUUAAGCAGUUUUUUUUUUAAUAUAGGAAUACAAAAACUAAGCAAAUACAAAUUUUGUUAGAUAUUUUAACAUUAUUUUGUGUGCCAUAUCUUGAAACAAGGAUGAAUGCAUAAUCCUGGACUUAUAUCACACUUGGGGCAGUGAUAUCUAGUCCUUUUUCUCAUGUUAUUUUUAGAACAUUGUUGACAACGUUUAGAGGGCGUUGAAUUUUGGUUUUCUUUCGGUAUAGAUUCUAAAUAAUGGAACGAAUUUGUAUCAGAAUCCACUUCAGCUGCGGCACGUUUUUCUGCUUUUUCAUUCACUUUAACACCAAUUAGGCUUUUAAUAAUUAGUUCCCUGAAGGGCAAAAAUUUAUAUUUGGGAUGAAUCAACUUCUUGUAUAGAUAAUAGGCAUUCCAUACAGAAACAUCUAAUAAAUGAAAAAAAAUCUUGCGGUACCAUCUAAUGGUUUUUCUUGGAGUUGAAUAAUAGCUCAUCAUUUGAUCUGAGCGAUCAAUUCUGCUCAUAUGCUUUUUAUAACUUAGUACACAUGCUGGUUUUUUCUUUGCUACUCCGCACUUUGUUAGAAUCUCCUCCAUUGCAUGUUUGUGCACACUGCUUAUCAUACGCACAUCACGUCUAUUUUUCUAUUUUGUCACAACUACUUUCCCUUUUCUUCUCCAUACAGCUUUGCCGUUUUUUAGCUUACUCUUAAGAAGAUUCCUAGGAUUUCCUGUGCGCUGUUCCCUUAAAGUUCCGACAACAUAUAUUUUACGACGUAACAGUUUUUCAGCUAACGGAACACUAUUAUAAAAAUUGUCUAGAUAAACAAUGUAACCUUUAUCAAGAUAGUCUUUCAACAGUUCGAAUACUACAGCUUCAGUGUGGGUUGCUUCUUCUGCUAUGAUAGUUCCUUUUCCUGUGUACACUAUUAUAUUUAGAACAAAUCCAUCAUGAGUUGUAAGUUCAUACAGUUUAAUACCAUAUUUGUGUCGUUUGUUGGAAAUAUAUUGACGGAAUGCCAAACGCCCCGCCAUAAUAUCAUUGAUUCAUCUAUGGAUAAAUGCUGAUCAGGGCAUACAGCAUUUUUAAUGUUUUCUAAAAUAUUUUCCAAAAUGUUUUUGAUUUUGUGAAGUUUAUCAUUAGUGUCAACAGUGUCGUGAUUCACGAAUCUGAGCAUUCUUAAAAUUUGUUGAAAGCGAGAUCUACCAUUGUUUUUCCAAAGAUUGGGUGAUAAGAUAUCGAAUCUUGACUCCAUUGCUUGAACAGGGCGGGAAAUUUGACUGUGCCACCUAACAGACACAAACCAAGGAAUUUUUUUAAAUCGACAAUCGUCAAGUUCUUCCAGGUCUCUCGACGCUCUUUCCUUGUUCGAGGCUUAGCAUAAAAAAAAAUAAUUGCUCGGCGAUUAGUCUCUGUGACAACCGUUUCCAUGAUAUCAUCAUUAAAAAAAAUUUCAAUAUUUUAUAGGCGCAGAAUCUUUCGGUAAAUUUAUAUUGAAAGCAGGUUGUCCGUCAAAAUCAACUUCAUGGUCAAAGUCGGUAUCUUCCCACCCUGGAUCUGCCUCAAUGACUUGAUUAGGAUUUCUUUUAUUCUCAGCAAGUUCAGCCUCACUUUCACUGGCAUCUGGUAUCAUGCCGCUGUUAGAAGAAUAAUCCUCUUCGUCGUCAGAAACAACUUGAUCCCCUUCUGAAGAGUAAUUUUUAUCUGCCACUGAAUCAUCAUUUAAAAAGGGGUCUUCGAUGCUCACACUAUCAUGAGAACGGUUUGCUAAUUCUUCAAGUUCAUCCUAUCUAAGAGGCCUUUUUCUGUCACGUUUUUCAACACAUAUACCGCUGGGGCUGUAAUAAAUAUUACCAUGUAAAAAAGUAGCAAGAUAACAUACCCGUUUUAUACAUUUAUUACACACUGACAUAAAUACAAACUUACAAUUGAAGCUAUUAUAAACUGGUGAAAACAAUAAAUUUAAUUUUAUUUAAUGCAUUAAAACACCAGACGCCGACCGCAUGAAAAAAAUGAGCAAAAUAUUAAAAAUUUGUGUCUCCGAAUAUUUGAGGUUAUGGGGUAACAAAACAAUUAACAAUACAAUAAUUAAGUUAUUUUGUUAAAAUCAUUGUAAAUCGUACUCACCCUGGUUCAUUUUUAUCACCCAUAUUAAUUUAACAGUUUUUCAGUCAAAAACAACUUAAACCAAACAAAAUACCUAUUCAGCACGUGGUAAACAAACGACUAAUUUACAUAAUACCUCUACGUACUAUAUGGCCAAUAUAGUGGCCAUAGUGGUGGAGAUAUUUUCCCACUCCUUUCUGUGUACCACCCAACUAAACGCAACCUUCUAUUUUGUACUGCAGAAAUUUACUAUUCAUAUACUAAAAUUUUGUGGCCACUAUAGUGGCCGAUCGUAUUCAACGUGUUAAUCUGACUAACGUCAUAUAGGAAAAAUUAAGCAGGUAUGUUAACUGAUUGUGAUGUGAUCUACUAACGUACCUGGAAUAUGACAAGUAAGAGUUUCUGGUAUAAAAUUUGGCAAAAAUACAAGCAAAGUCUAUAUAUUUGAUACCAGAUUCUAUAAGAUGCUUUUAAAUCUGAGAAAAAUCAUAAACCACUUAAAGUUUCCUAUUCCUAUAGGGGGUACUUAAAAGCUCCUGUCCCUGAUGAAUCUACAUAAUAAUCCCGAAAGUCAAAGCUAAUGUUUUAAUCAAUAGUAACGUUCCUGAAAAGCGAUAAGGAUACGAAUGUUUGUCAUUAAAAUAAUUGCGAAAUUUUAUGGUAAAUUAAGCCCAUAAUACUCCACAGAUUUCACCAUAUUUUAUUAACAUAAACGAGUUUAAAUGAACCUAUAAAUAAAUAUAUUUUAUUUUGUUAAUAAGUAGUUCAUUUGCAAAUUGUUCGUACAAUAUUCAAAUCAAAGAGAACUUGAAUUGAAUGUGAUUGAGAACGAAUGAGUCCUUAGUAGUCUGAUAUACAAAGGAGUGUUAUAAUAAUAUAAUUGAGAAUUUACUUGGGUUACAGGUAAAAAUUUGCUAUAGUUUAACCGAACCUGCAUGUCUUUUUAGGACCAUAUAUGGACUGCUAUUACACCUAAAAAUUACCAACAUUUAUAUUUCAAGUGGUUUUCGCUGGGAUUUUCUUAUAAGAUACUUUCAAAAUCUAAAUAAAUUGACAUUCUUAAAAUGGCCUGCAAAUAUCAUAAAUGCAUGUAAUUGUCAAAUUUAUCAUUUCUUUUAUACCGCUAUAUUUUAAAAGUAUCUUAUAAAAAAAAGUGUCAUAUUGUGAUAUCCUGUAGUAAUACACGCAUACAACGAAUCUUUAUCUCAAAAAUCAUAUAUUUCCAAUAAUAAGAAAUGGUUUAAGGAAUAUUUUUAAAAAACAGGGUCCAAAAGAAAGUACUGCUUUGCAGGUACGGCAUGUCUUUUAACUUGUCUAACCUUUAGAUGUAAAAGGUCUGUUUUUGUUUUAAAGGGGUAGUUUUUGACAAAAACACGGUUGCGAGGAAAGUCUUUAAUAGAUUUAAGGUUGCAUCAGUUAAUAAUUAGUGUUUUUUUUUCUUCGGUGGUGGCUGGCUAAGUUAAUUUAAGGGAGAAGGAGACAAACAGGGUCUCGCGAUCUUCUUGUCAAAAAUAACCCGAGAAAUUGCUGAUUUUUGUUGGUACGCUGAGGCUAAGAAUAAAUUCUGUGAUUUAGACAAAGCAGCCGGUUAAAAAAAAAAUGUGGUAGAGAAAGAAAGUCAUAGCUGCUAGGUUGCUAUGUUAAUGUACAGGUAGAACAGAGAGAAAAAAAAAGAGUUGAUGGUUAUACUUGAGUAAAGUGGUUUUAUUUGCAAAAGCCAGGAUAAGUGUUAAAUUUCUUAAAUUUAAUUUAAAGAAUCUAGGUAUUAUUUUUAUAUAUUAAACUGGGCGAUCGUCCUAUUACGGUCCUGCGUGUCAUUUAAGGACAGUACCGACCCAAAUGUAUAUUAAAAAUCUAUAUUAUUAUGUAAAUUAAACAUCUUUAGCUAUCUUAAUGUGAUUUUUGUAAAUGAGUUGAAACACUUAGUAAAAUAGGCCGUUAUGGCCAACGAGGCACAGUAAUUUUUAAACUAUUUAACUAGUAAGACAUAAUAUGAUAUUUUAACAAUGAUUUUAUUUGUAUAUUAAAUGUAAAUAAUGUGUUAUAAUUAUUGAAUGUUUCAACCAUUAUUAUAUAACUAAUACUAACACUUUUUGUAAAAUAUAUUAUAAUGUAUAAAGACUGUAUGCCGAUUUAAUUUUUAGUUUUCAUGUUUGAGUUCAGGCAGCUUGAAAAGUUUUUACGAACCUGAUUUAAUAAGAACCCAUUUGUUCCUGUAAAAGGCUCGUAGCCUUAAGUAGCGUGUUUUUAAUUUAAAUUAUUAUUUUGUAAUAUAUUUUUAAGCUUUUAAAUGAACGUAUACGUCUGUGGGCUUUUGAAUAUUUAUAGGGCGUUCUAUUUUUUUGUUUUCGUUGUUAUUUCACUCAAACUUUUGCAAUUCUCAAUAGUGUGUCCGACUUUUUGCUUAUCACGUAUUAAGGGUUAUAAUUCUUAUAUUUUGACUAUGAAAAUAAAGAGUAAAACAUU